GGAGCCCCCAACGUAUCAGCCCUCCGUUCCACACAGCCUCAUUUGGGGGCACAGCCGCGCGGCGCCUGCGCGCCCCGAGGCGGCGGGAGGAGCGGGGGGAGCCGGGCGCCCACACACAGGCACGAAUUACAACGGGAUUUCCUUCCGAACGGACGCACGAGCGCAUAGCAACGUUCUCCCCGCGGGAGGCCGCCCCUCGGCUCCGGGACCUCGCGUUUCGCUGGUACUGCUAUGUGGAUAUUUGUUAGCAAUGACUGAUGUGGAAUCUACAUAUGCAGACUUUAUUGCUUCAGGAAGAACAGGUAGAAGAAAUGCACUACACGACAUACUUGUGUCCUCUCCAGGUGGGAACUCUAGUGAACUGGCCUUAAAGCUAUCAGAGUUGGAUAUAAAUAAAGCAGAAGGAGAAGGAGAUGCACAACGAAAUCCAAGCGAGCAAACCGGGGAGGCCCAAGGGGAGGCAGCAAAGCAAGAAAGCUGACAUCUGACUUUGACCGACUGGAGCAGCUGCUGGAUGUUUUCAGACUACAAGAGCAUGCUGGAACAAAUUUGUUUCCAUGAGCAAGCUGGUGGAAAGGAAAGUGCAUGUGUCUUCACUACUGGAACCUGCUAGAAACUGCUGGAACAAUGCUAAAAAUGAGGGUACAAGCUGUGGCAGAAGACAGAAUUUUCUCUACCUCUGUCAUUAGCAAUGGUUGAACAUGUAAUGUUUUGUGGGAUAGUGUCAUCAGAUGAAUCCCUUCGUAAUGACUACUUGAUGGGAACACUUCUAGAAAGUAGAACAAACAGGUUAAUCUUGUAGCAAAUGGCCUUUGAAACAUUAGAGGAUCUAAUUGUGUAUCUUAAGCAAAGGCUUGUGUGAUCCUCAGAGUUUAAAGUUCUCUGGCCAAAGUGUUCGCCCAUUAAAAGAACUGUAAAGAAAGCACUGUUUUUAGAACUUGCAUCUGUUUUACAGCUCUGUUACUUACAAUGGUUUUUGUAUUGUACAACUUAGAUGCUCUACACUGCCCCUUCUCAACUGCUUAUGAAGAAUAUUUCUGUUACUGUGAAUUUUUCUACCACGCGUUUUGAAAGGGCUGGUUUUUUGCAUAAUGUGGUGAUGUGCACAUGAUCGUUUUAAAACGUCAACUGCUAAAUUGGUUAUGCCUAAACCUAAAUGACUCAGAAACACUCUAAUUUGUUACUAGAUGAGCCUUCAAAACGAUUCAUUAAUGUGAAUACUUUGGCGUGUUUUGUGUCCUUGGUACAUUUUUGCCACUUGCCUGUAGUUAGUUGCAUAUCAGAGACUCAAAGUGAAUCUUUGAUGUUGUUCUUUCCCAUUUUCUAAUUUUUCUCCCCAUUUCUUAAUCUUUCUCCAAGCUAUUUUUUUAAAAUGUUAGUCCAAGUAUUUUAUCGUUACGGUAGUUUUAAGAAUACAUUUAUUACCUUUUAUGGGUUAAAAUUCAAACAAAUUCCAUGGUGCUAGAGAUUUGUCUGGUUCACAUUGUUAAAGAUGGGUCUUGUUUACACAUGGGAAAAUAACUGGCAUAGGUAAUUGCCAAUUAUCUAUCUAGAGUGAUUUUCAGAUUGCGGGAUAGUCCAAGUAGUGGAUCAUGAAGUGGAUCCAACCAGGAGAUUUCAUUAUUUCAUUUAGACCUUGGCUUUGCCUCAGUUGAUCAGGCCAUCGAGUUUACACAGCCAGUAGCAUGUUUAUGAUGCACUGGGCACAGCCAAACGCUAAAAGCUGCUGCAGCAGCCUUUUGGCCCAACCUGUGGAAACAGAAGUGAGAGAGCUGUAAUCUAGCACCCAAAAUACUGGAUUUUUUGCAUUUCAGCUAUUCCAAAAUGGCAGUCCAAAGUGAGCAUUCAUUGAAGUACUGGGAUAGCUUUUCCAUAACCUAUUCUGCAGUAGCUGUGUUGAUUGGUUUCCUUCCCACAUCAGCCCCAGUAGACAAGGCCGUACAUGAGGCCAAACAAUGCAGGAUAGGGCAGUUACACCUCAGUGUGAUUAAGGUGAGUAAGGACAAUGACUGACUAGUAAACCAUGGCAAUCACAUAAGCACUAAUCACAAAGUGGAAAGAUCUUUUCUUAAUGGGAGGUGAUGUCACUUUCUUUAUAUAUAUUAUAUAUAUUAUAUAUAUUUUUGUGUUGUUGUUGGUUUCAAAUGUUACGCACUUUUUAAUGUUUGUAAACUUUUACUAAUGAAUGGUGUGAUUGCUUCCUGAAUAUAUUAAUCAUCAGUUAACAAAACAUAUUUGUGGCCACAGCUGUUUGUUUCUGCCGUAUGUAUCAUGGUGUUUGUCACAUGAAAUCUUUUUGUGACGUGUGUGAACAAAAAAAAAACAACAAAAAAAACAACAAAAAAGAAAAAGAAAAAGAAAAAAAAACCCUAAACAAAUCAAAAAAAAACCACCACCACCACUUCUGAUCAGUAUUAUGAGCUCAUUCAUUAAUGUUAAUAAAAAAACAGCCAGCAGUAUGCUUGUGGUUCAUCAGUGUAAUAUAAACUCUCACCUUUUCUUGUUUGAAAGUUGAAUGCCUUGCUGUCUUAUUAGCUGUCAAAUGCUUUAUCUUCUUGGUAACAGAAGUUGUCCAUUUGCUUUGAAAAUACUGUUACCUUGAAACUAAUUAUUUAUUAAUUUGUUUAUCUUGAUGUUCCUGAAUUGGGUAUUCAAUUGAGCAAAGAAACUGGUUGCCCUUUUGUCAUAAAUGACAAGUUAGCACCAAUUUAGCACUAACUCCAGAAGGAAAUAAGAUUCUGGGGAUUUAUAUAGUGUUACUUUAUUGAUGAUCCAUGAAACUCCAUCGAUAAAUUGUCACGGGAAAACGUAAUAAUAGAAUAAGUAAUGCAGUAUAUUAAAGUGUUGGCUUUUUCCUUAUUUUACUUCACUGCUUUUUUUUUAAUUAUUAUUUCAGUGCAUUUUCCUUCUUCCAAAGUCUUCUCUGUUAUGGGACAAAAUAAUUUCAGCCAUUCCUCUUUAUUUUCUCUUUCUUCCUUCUAUUUCUCACUUUCCUUUGUUUCUAAAGCAAAGAUGGAGGCCUUCAUGCAUUCAGAUACAUCUUUCUUUGAUGGAAAAUGGCACAGAAAAUUUUAGUAGAGUAAAAGGCUGUUUGUGUUCUUUAUCCCCAAAAGUAUAAGUGCUUACUUUUUUACUUGAACUCUGAUGGCUCUCUGUACUCAUUCUUGUUGUUGUUAUUGCUUUUUUCCUGUGGCACCUGUAAGCAUCCUGUGAACCUGUAAGUUUCAUGUGAACCAGCUUAAACGUAAAGCAAAUACAAACAGCAAUAUAAAAAGAUUAAUCACCCUGAUAGCUAUAUACUUCAGCACCAUGAGCUUCAAAAAGCUUUUAUUGUAAGAUACCAGCAAGCACAAACAAUGAUUUCAUCAAGCUAUCAUUUUAACCAAAAGUUUACCAUGAAAACAAUUGCUUAAUUGUUUUCAUAACUUUUGUCAUGUUGGUUUCCCCCCCCCCAUGGUUUUAAAGUUUCAGGUGGAAGAAACGUAAGUUGGUAUGAGUGGCAGGUCCUGACGAGUUAGAUUUCAUACACAUAGCUGAUGGAAUUUUCUGGUGUCUCAAAGAAGGAAGUGACAACUGAAGUGGUUAAGCUGGAAAUUCACUGCAUGUAUGGCUUCCUCAGCAAAACAGUGAAGAUUUCCAGGUGUGCUUUAUGUUUAUAUGCAAUGUUUCAGAAACAUCUGUGAUGUUUUCACAAAGCAAAGACUGAGAGCUGCUGCUGAAACUGAGCACAGUAAUACAAGUUGACCUUUGUCUAAGUUUGUCUUGCCUCAGCAGUAGUCUCGUGCUAAACUGCUGUGUGUCUGUGCCCUGACCUGUGUCUUUGUUCUGUUUGUUGCAUUUGGAUAUUUUUCUAUUCUUUGCUUCCCUCAAGUAAAACAAUAUCCUAGAAGUCAAUGGA